AUGAAAAUAUCGCGUCUGUAUCGCUCCGGCGUCCCUCCCGGUCUGACGGCCCCCUCGGGGCGCCGCCGCUCUUCAGGCAGGAAUGCGCUUCUACCGGGCCAGUGCAGCAUCCGCAGCGUGACUGCAGCACCCGGCGACUACCGAUGCACCCAGCAUCUGCCUCCCUCUUCCACCACGCGCCUGCCUCCGGCGCGGGACGAGGUGCCACUGACCCUUCAUAGCUCCUCGGUAACCAUUGCAGAAGAUUUGGAGAGCUUUGCUGUUCGGCCCCCCGUGGCAGCGGACGGCGGGGUGUCACCGUCCGCCGCAGCUCCUCACACGCACCGUGCAGGGACACAGCGCCGAAGGAGGCUUGACGGGGGGGCCCGCUUGGCUGCUGUCUCUAGAGGGACAGGGGGGUGCACAGCAGCCUCCCCAGCUCCUGUGCUCGCAGCAGCAGCGCACUCCUACGCCCGGUCUGGUGCUGCCAGCCUCGAGCGCGGGGGAUGCCCUGCCACCGAAUCGUUUGACCCCCUGCGUUAUUGCCCUCUCUCCCUUCUUCUGCAGCAUCGAGAGCCCGUGGAGGGUGCGAGGGGCGGCUGCCUGUCUGCUGUGCCGGGGCAGCGGCGGCCGCCGGGACACGAGAGCAGUUCACACCGUCGAGGGACAGCGAAUCCCUCACCUCACCCCCACUCCUCGGCUCACUGCAGUGCCCGCGGCUCUAACGAGGACACGAGCGUCCCCAGGGCUGAGAUAGGCGGGAGGACGGUGGCUUUGCCCCGCGACUAUCGCCGGGACAGGCAGGCGGGAAGCGGGCGGGAAGGCGCCGGGCGGCGCGAGGCGGCGGCACCCGACCGCCACCGCCGACGCCGGGAUGGGGGGCGGGAGUGGAAGCCGGGAAGGGGCGGGAACCGGGGAGGGCACGCGCAGGAGAUGCAGGAGCCGAAAAUUUUCCAUCACUGCAGUCGUCCCCCCGCCCCCAUCCGGCGCGGUACGUCACGCGCCCCCCGCAGCGCGGCGGGGCGGCAGCGGCAUCGCUGCGGCGCACCUGCUUCCGCGGGAGCGGCGAUUGAAAUGACCCCGGAGCUCCGCUUCGGGCGCUCUGGGCUGGGACCGGCUCCUUCCCUGCGCACCUGCCGGAGCCUGCGCCCCGUCUGCGAGCGCGGCGGAGCGCGGCUUGGGGAGCUGUGGCGGUCUGGGGUGGUAAUGUCCCCCCCAGGAGUGCCCGUCCACGGCGUUUUCGGUCCUCUGAAAGUCCGAUUGCGCAACGGGCAAUUUGCAAAGGCUUCGGCAACCUGACGGGUUAAAUCAAAAGGCUGCGUCGCUCGCCUUCGCAGCGCAAUCACUGCGAUAUGUAAAUAAGCAGUACUGCGGGGAGCGCAGGGCACGCUCUUUUUCCAGUGGGAAUGGUGAAUGCCUGGUGCCUUUUUCAGUCAAUCCCGUUCUUCGGGUGUCAGCAGUUCUGUGAAAUUACAGUGUACAUGACAGAGGUCAAGGUGACCUGUUUGUUGUGGGUUUUGCCAGUGCAGCAACAGACGUAAUGACGUAUUCGUAACGUUUUUAGGACGUAUCAUCCAUUUCGAGGCAAGCGCACAGAUUCGGUGCGUGGUAAAGUGACCCACAUGUGCCUUAUAAAUUCAGCAACCAUCUUUAUAGAUGUGAUCUGGUUGUCGUGGACAGUACAGCUUUUAAAGAAGUUUAAACCAGAUUUUUUAGCAAAAUAAAAGUUUUACUCUACAAGUGCUUGAUUUUUUUUUCUAGAAUUGUCCUCAUUUUAUAUGGAAAAGGUUGAUGAGGCUUUGUUGCUCAUUUACAAAAGAAAGAUUGGUAAAAUGCACCCAGGAAGAAAAAUUGCUGUAUUUCUAAUGACCCCAUUAUUGGAACUGCAACAUGUGAGUGCAAUCUGUACUGCUCCAGAAUAUUGAGUGUUUAAAAUUUUACCCAUGCAGUCUGUUUGCUGGUUCAAAUGAUCUGCUUUUUUCAAGUGGUUUUAAGUAAUGCCUCACUGACUGAAUUAUAAUUUUCCUGACUUUGUAAUUGCCAAGAAUGUCCUUGGCAAAACAUACAUAGAAUGUGUUUCAUCCAAUUUUGAAAUGUAUUUUGUAAUCGCAAUAAUAAAAGUUAAUAUUCAUCAG